UAAAAAUGUCUCCCAAAAGUAAUGUAAUACAAAAUGGUGAGUAGCUUUGAAGAGAAGCAAAAGUGGAGCACACUGUGUACUGUAUAGGAGGCAAAAACUAUUUUUAUUGUAGAAAUGAUGCUCUAAAAAGCCCCACAGAAUAGAUAUCUGUCUUGUUUUAAGCUGCCGAUGAAUCACCUUGAAAUCACCAUGGAUAUCUUGAUUGACGAUCAAUUAAACUGAUGGAUGAUGUCCAAUAGCAACCUAUCCUCCAUUGGCCCAACCCUACCUGAUUUACUUGAGUAAAAUCUGUUGUUGUAUAAAAAUAUAAUUUGCUCUGAAUAAGGGUAUCUGAUAAACAAAAAGGGUAAUACUGAUCCUGAGUAACGUGUUUGUACAGAGUUGGGAGACAAGGCUUCUGAUGGAGCGGUCUCUGGCAGUCAAGUGUCCCGACAUCGGCACCCACUUGGCUGGAACUAAGAAAGUGCAGCAGGAGCUAGCCCGACCUGGGGUCCUGGAGAAGUUCUUUCCGGAUGACCCAGAGGCUGUGGCUCAGAUCCGAGCAGCUUUUGCUGGACUUCAUUCCCUGGACAUGGGAGAGGAGGGAGACAAGACUGUGGCUAUGGCCUUGGCAAACCCAGACCGGUAUGUCCUGAAACCCCAGAGAGAGGGAGGGGGUAACAAUAUCUACGGUGCAGACAUCUGCCAGGUGCUGUCAGGAGUGAAGUGCAGCUCAGAAAGGACAGCCUACAUUCUGAUAGACAAGGUCCAGCCCCAGCCUGUCCACAACUAUCUGCUGAGGAGCGGCUGUCCUCUGAAACUCAACACAUGUCUGAGUGAGCUUGGCAUCUUCGGAGCCUAUGUGAGGUACACACUGCGCUAAAUGAAGAGAUUAGGGCUUACAAUAUUGGGAUGGCAGGUGUGCCAUCCUGCAAUGUUACAGCUUGAUGGGGCGACAUGCCUCAUGUCUAUACAGCACCAAGAGUUUGGAACUUUGCUGGAACAUUUUUCUACAGAAAUAACCACAAUAACCACACUCUGCCCUUAAAAACCUUAACGUCUAUACCUUAUGACCUCAUGUAAACAGACAGAAUUCACAAACAACUUCACACGUCCAUGCAAUAGAAUGUUACAUGUGAUGAUGUCUUUUUGUAGGCCAACACGUACAUUUCUUCAUGGGUUCCCUCAGCAGAUUUCCAAUCCUUUUUUCCCAUAGAGAUUUUGUUUUCUGCCGAAAAUAAGGUCUGUAGUUAAUGUAAACCUAAGAAA